GUCUUAGAGCGAUCAUUGUGUAGUUUGACUUAAUAUUAUUGUAAAUUGUGUAUAAAGAUUAAAUAAAUAAUAAUUGUAUUUAUAACCCCAGUGAGCAAGCCGAAGGCGACUGUGGCAAGGAACACAAAACUCCACAAGAUGUUGGUUAAUGGAGAAAAAUAACCUUGGGAGAAACCAGACUCACUGUGGGGACCACUUCCCCUCUGGCUAACCAGCAUGAAUGUAAUGCCAAUAUUAGUUAUUUAUGUGCAGUGCAGGUCAUGGUUUAAAAUUAGUAAACUAAGUAAACGUUAAGGGCCAGUGUUUAAAAAAAAAAAAAAAAAAAAAAAAUACGUUUAUGAACUAUUAGAUUAAUGACUAAUGACUUUGAAGUCCAUCCUGGAUUAACUGCAGAAGUUCACAUAGAUGCAUUGUCCUUUGUUAGUUGGCUGAUGAAGGCUUUUGUUGGCAAUUAAAUUAUAGUCUAUAUAUUCCAUUUCAAGAGUGUAGUCCAUCAAUAGACAAAGGUGAUGCAGGCAGAGAUUAAUGAGGUCCAUCGCAGCUCAACCGGUAGGUCAUUUUGGUGGGGUCCAUCCUAAGUCCAAGGUUCAGACAGUGGCAUAUGAAUUAUCCAGUGUCUUACAGUUGGAGUUGGCAUCAGUUCAUCCUCUGGAGUCCAUCGUAAAAGACUGAAGUGAUGUCUGCUAGCACCGGCUGCAUUUAGUUGUCAUCACUCAUAGACACGUAGCAGUGGAGUCUGACACCAAGCAGGAACGGAGCUCGAUCUGGCCGAGGUUGAGACAGGGAAACAAAUAGAAUAGUAUUAGCGUAGAUGUCAUUCAAUUUUAUGCAGAGUUAUAAAUCAUGAUAGAUGUUUCUGGUUCCGGCGGACCUAACUAAAGCAGCCUAAUUAUGGGGAUUAUUCCAUGAAUGCCUGGAUACUGUUAUUGUUAGCUGAUGUCGCUGGGCUCUGAGGGCAUCACCGUGGCGAUGACAGCUCUGUUCCGAGGAAAAUGGGGUUUCAAGACUCAAGAGGCCCCCAAAUCUCGGAUGCCUCCGGCCUACCUGGCUAGUCCAGAUGAAGAUGAUGACGAUGAGGAUGCAUUAUCCACCAGCGCUCCAAUUCGCAGGAAUUCACGUUUUUACCGCUCAAUGAGAAAGAAAAAGUUAUCCUCAUCUUCAGAACAGGCAGAAAGCCCCUCCUCCUCUCCUAAACCAGCUGUGGACCCCGCCUCCUGCAAUAGGCUCAGCCCCUCUGCGGCAUAUCAGUCCCCCCUCUCUCCCAGAAUGCACCAUCCACCUUCUCGCUCUGGAAUCUUGUUGCUGAGCAACGGGAGUACUGUUCUGGGAGGAUCUCGGUCUCGGUCUCCAUUGGCGACGCCGGGAGAUUGGUCGCGUAGACAAGAAAUGGAAGAGCUGAGUGAACGGACAACAAGUGCCUGCACGGUGCAGGACAAUGAUUUUCACAACACUGCCGACUCUGACAACAUCACUCUCCGGUUGAUGAGGAAUGGUGACUGUCCACAGAAGAUGGCAGUGGAGAGUUCCUGCCGCAAUCUCAACAUUGUGAAAAAUGUUGAUGUUCUGUAUCAAGAAUACCGCGACACCUCUAAGCAGCAGGAGAUCGAGCAGCGACGGCAAAGGGAUGGGCUUCCAACUGCAGGGUCAGGGUUCACGGCUGCACCUACAUUGCAGCUUCAGUUGAGGAACAGUGCACAUUCGCUCAGCCUCUGGCAAAACUUGGAGGCUGUGAAGGACAGUGGACUACUGAAAACACUGGAACCAAAAGAGAUAAUAGUGCAGGAGGCCAUGUUUGAAUUGGUGACCUCCGAGGCAUCGUACUACAAAAGUCUGGAGCUGCUAGAGACACACUUUCUACGCAACCCUCUUCUUGUCAACACUUUAAGUCAAUCAGAUAUGCACUUCUUGUUCUCAAACAUUAAGGACAUCAUGAAGGCAAGCGAGAGGUUCCUCAUGGAUCUAGAGCACAGGAUCGAAGAGUCUAUCCAGAUCUCAGAUGUGUGUGACAUUGUUCAUUUUCACGCUGUUAACUACUUCCAAGCUUUCAUCAGCUAUGUCAUCAACCAGGCAUAUCAGGAGAAGAACUACCGACGGAUACUACAGGAAAAUUCUCUUUUCCGGGAGAAUAUGUCCAUUCUGGAGAAUCAGCCUAAAGUGAAGGGCCUCUCAUUUACCUCUUUCCUCAUCCUCCCUUUUCAGCGAAUCACACGACUCAAAUUACUUGUUCAGAAUAUUCUUAAGAAGGUGGAAGAAAAUUCAGAGAGAGAAAAGACUGCUAUAUUGGCUCAUCAAGAGUUGGAAAGGAUUGUGAAGGAGUGUAAUGAAGGCGUGCGGAAGAUGAGUCGCACUGAGGAGCUGAUCAGCAUCGAAAAAACACUUGAAUUCAAGUUAAAGUCAGUGCCUGUGAUUUCACACUCUCGCUGGCUCCUGAAGAAGGGUGAAGUCCAGCAGAUGUCUGGACCCAAGAGCACUAGGACCAUGCGCAGCCGCAAGCUCUACCACCCCAUUUACCUGUUCCUGUUUAAUAACCUGCUGCUCAUCACUAAACGCAGCUCCAGUGGAGAGAAGUACCAGGUUCUGGACUCUUGCAGUCGCUCCAUGUUGAGGACUGAAGAUCUGGAAGAUCAGGGUCAAAUGUUGGCAUGUGCUUUUGUGCUGAAACUACUGGAGAACCAGGAGGACAGACAAGUCAGCUACAUGCUCAAGACUGAAAGCAUGAGCGAUAAACUGCGCUGGAUAUAUGCUUUGACUCCAAACCGCCGUACAAGGUUCCUCUCAACCAGUGCUCACCAACCAGAUUCUCCUCAGGUACAGUGCAUUCAGUCCUAUUCCUCUCAGGAGCCUGAUGAACUUUCUGUAGAAAUGGCUGAUGUGCUUCACAUUGUGGAGUCUACUGAUGAUGGCUGGAUGUUGGGUGAAAGGUUGCAUGAUGGAGAACGGGGUUGGUUCCCAAUCCGUGUUGUAGAGAGGAUUAUGAGCGCUGAAGUUCGGGCUCAAAACCUGAAAGAGUGUCAACGGAUUCAACAGGCUCAGGAAGGAGCGCAGGGGACCAGAGCCGCCUCUAGGGGGCGCCGUGCAGCUAAGAGUCCCCAGUACACUCCAUCCUGGACUGACCUGUAGAUUAGGAGCAAGAAAUGACAUCCCAUUUGUUCGCUCAUUCCUGACCCAGUAACCAGAAAGUAAUACCAUCUAGAUGUCACAGUUGCAUUGGAUCCAUGGGCUUUGGUCACCGCUAGUCAUUAUAUGUCCAGUGUUUAACAAAUACAUGUCUGGUGUCAUACUUUUGACUUGGCAGAGUCUUGAAACAGCUCUUGCACUAUAAGCACUUGUAUUUUUGAAUCGCUGCUUCCAUUGAGUCAUAACACACUGUAUGCAUGAAGGAUUUCAACUUAUGCAAUCAUAUACAGGAACCAGUUUCCAAAGUUCACACAUAUGAGAUGAACUGAAAGCAGGAGGUAGGGGAAACGAAAGAAAAUAAAUACUAUGUCAGGACUUUUGUAAAGACAUUAUGCUCCUCUUCAAAAGGAAUGUAUUAAUGUGUAUGGUCUCACCUUACUGACAAUACAGGUUUAUAUUUUUUACCUCUGAGGACAAGAGGAUGUACUGUACCAUAUGGAGCUCAUUCUCCUCCCAUAAACUUGAAGAUCAAAAAAAAAAAAAGGAGAUAAAAAAAAAGUUUGCAAAUAUCUGGCUUUUUAUUGGAAUUGUUUGUGAAUAUGUUGUCCUUGAACAUGGAAGUAUGCAAAGCAAAUGAAGGAAAAUAAGAUGUUUAAGAUUUGCACAAGUUGCAUGAAAGUGUUUGACACAAGUACAAUCACACACAUACACAUAAAA